AUGAUAUAAAAAGUUGUAUAAUUAGUUCAGAGAAGGUCAAUUCAAAGAUUUUCUAGUGUGUUUGUUGCACAUAGAAAUAGAGAUGAUAAUAGUGAUUCAGUGCCAUUUGAUUUUACUGAUGAAAAUUAUAAAAAGAUUGAAGGAAUAUUGGCAAAGUUUCCUUCCAAUGAAAAAAAAUCAGGGACUAUCCCAUUAUUAAUGCUUGCUCAAAAAUAAAACAAUAACUUCUUGAGUUUAUCUGCAAUGAAAAAGGUUUAUUCUAAUUGUGUAUUAGAUAGAUUGCAAAGAUAUUAGAAAUCCCAGAGAUGGAUGUUUUCGAAACAGCUUCAUUUUACUCAAUGUUUAAUAGAGAACGAGUGGGUAAAUUCCAUCUGCAAGUUUGCGGUACAACACCAUGUUAAUUGUGUGGAUCUAGAGAUAUAAUUAAGGCUAUUGAAUAAAAAUUAAACAUUAAAAAUGGCGAGACUUCAGCAGAUGGAUUAUUUACAUUGUAGGAGGUUGAAUGUUUAGGAGCAUGUGCUAAUGCUCCUAUGAUGCAAGUGAAUAAUGAGUGGGUAUAUGAGGAUUUAACACCUGAAAAUACAGUACGAUAAUGAUAUUAUGAUAGUUAAAAUUACUAGAAGAUUUGAAGAAUGGAACAGAAAGAAAAGGACCUUAGAAUGGCAGAAAGAAUGCUGAAGGUCCAUAAGGUAGAACUACUUUACAAAACAUUGCAAAUUAAUAGGAUAUUAAAUAUGAUAGAAAUUUUGAGGCUGCCAAAAAGGAAUGGUUAGAUCAAAAAGAGAAGGAGAGACUUGAAGCUGAAAAAAAGAAGCAAGCAGCAUAGCAAGCUAAAAAAUGAAGCCAU